CAAAACUUGACAACAUUUAUAUUUUGACGGCAGAUCUAAAACGUUUCAUCAAAACACAACGGGAUACGCCGGACCGUUGUCAUGGUAACAGCGUCCUUCAAUCUUGUAAAAACAGGUGCUCAACCGACAUGAAUAGUGACGACGCGAAUAAAAAUACGAAUUAUCCAAAAUCAAAGAGCUGGGUUUGGAAUGAUCAUAGGGGAGAGCUCGUCAAGAUACGACAAGACGGGAGACCCGCCAGUCCGUCGGCCUCCUCUUCGACCUCGCGCAGAAUGUCUAUGACCCCAGGUCACAGGCACAUUAACAGAAAGCAGCUGCUGUCGAAGCGACUGGUCGACUCUGAGUACGGUCGACUUGACCCUGAGGAGUGGGAGAGUCAACCUUCAGUGCCUGUGACCUUUCGGGACUGUCUCAAGGUCGCCCUCCACCUGCAGGCGACCCAGACGAACUUCUCCAAGAUGUUCCUCGACGUCGUCCGCCUGAAAAAGAUCCAAGAAAUGCUCAUGGGUUUAGUCAAGUACUUCGGAGAGCUCUUCUACCUGGCCGACUUCAUACGCUCCAUAGAGCCUCCGUCAGUAGGGAACGAGAACGCCCUGCAGCAGAGGUGGCAGAAGAGGCUGUUUUCCGUCCUCGACCCCCUGGCAGCCACCUACGGGUUGGUGAUCCUCGGCCAGGGGUUGGAAAAUCUGCACCAUAUGAAGAAGGGUCGUAGCUUGCACAGCUACGGGUCUCGAGACAAUCACAUUUUCGAGCGGCUGUACGAACUGGCCGAGCUGCUGGUGUGGGUCGUCUUCAGACGUCGCGACAGGCCUGUUAUCCACGCCGAGGUCGUCCGCCUCUUCCGCGGGAAGCUGGGCCUAGAACAGGAGGAGUACCAACAGCAGCAACUGCUGCACCAGCAGAUGGAGGACGCCGGAGAGCAAGUGCCCAGACUUCGGAUCAAAGGGCCUCCUGUGUCAGGAGUAAUUCGGGAGAAAUCCGGUCUGAUGACGAAAACCGUUCCAGACAUGGAGAUCACGACGACCAUCAGCUCCUGGUUUGACACUCUGGCUCCUUUGACCUACGUUUCCGACGCAGACGGGAAACGCGAACAAGGACUCUGGGUGCUAGGGGCAAGGCGAUCGGACCUCAACGAAUAUCUGGAACCAGCUGUCCAGGAGCUGGACCAAUUGAGCCUUCUGGAUUAA